GUAUACCUACACAGUAAGAGCCUCAUCAUCUCUUUCUUUUCUUUUGAGGUCAUGAAACGCGUACGCACAGAACAGAUUCAGAUGGCAGUGUCCUGCUACCUCAAGCGCCGUCAGUAUGUGGACUCGGAAGGUCCCCUGAAACAAGGGCUGAGGCUGUGUCAGACUGCUGAAGAGAUGGCAGCUAAUCUCACAGUCCAAUCUGAAUCUGGUUGUGCCAAUGUUGUAUCUGCAGCUCCCUGCCUGGCGGAGCCACAGCAAUAUGAAGUACAGUUUGGACGAUUACGCAAUUUUCUCACAGAUUCAGAUUCUCAGCACAGCCAUGAAGUGAUGCCUCUUCUGUAUCCCCUCUUCGUCUACCUCCAUCUGAACAUGGUCCAGAAUGGCCUAAAAAGCACAGUGGACAGUUUUUACAGCCGCUUCCAUGGCAUGUUCUUGCAGAAUGCCAGCCAGAAGGAUAUCAUUGAGCAGUUGCAGACUACCAUGACUAUUCAAGAUAUCCUGUCCAACUUGAAGCUCCGGGCUUUUCUGGACAACAAGUAUGUCAUCCGCCUUCAAGAGGACAGCUACAACUACCUUCUUCGCUACCUCCAAAGUGACAACAACAACGCCCUGUGCAAAGUCCUGACCUUGCACAUUCACCUGGAUGUGCAGCCCGCCAAGAGGACUGACUACCAGCUCUACGCUGGUGGGAGCUCCUCGCGCAACGAGAGCAACGGCCUGGAACCCAGCGAUGUGCCAGCUUCCAUUCUGCAGAACGAGGCGGCGCUGGAUUUACUGCAGGACAGCAUUAAACGUGUCAAGGACGGGCCCCCUUCCUUAACGACCAUCUGUUUCUAUGCCUUCUAUAACACGGAGCAGUUGCUGAACACUGCAGAGAUUUCACCAAAUAGCAAGCUGCUGGCUGCUGGGUUCGAUAAUUCAUGUGUGAAGCUGUGGAGCCUGCGUUCCAGGAAGUUAAAAUCUGAGCCCCACCUUGUCGAUGUGUCCCGCAUCCGUCUGGCUUGUGACAUCCUGGAUGAGGAG